GAACAGAGGAAGUGGUCUUUGGGCAGGUUGGAGGAAGCGUCCGCCUUUUAUGCCGAAAUGUCUCCAAAGAAGCAACAGAGGUGGUCUGGUUUCAAGGGGAUCCGCACUAUUUCCCUCCACUCUUCUCCUCAACGGUGACCUUCCCCCCAGACGUCCGUUUCUCCCUGGUUGACAACAGCUCUCUGCGCAUCACAGAACUGCGUGUGCAGGACGAAGGCAACUACACUUGCAAAGAAGUGCUGAACAAGACAGACCAUGAGCACAGGGUCCAGCUCCUGGUAGCCAAUCCACCACACUCAACCCCAAAGUGCUGGGCUGAGACUUCCUCAUCGGGGCUGAUGCUGCAGCUGUUUUGCAGCUGGCCUGGGGGGUAUCCCCACCCCACCCUGCACUGGAGAGAAGAGGGGCAUGAUCUGGAGAACUCAAGCUGGGUUAUCAGCUCCACAAGUUCCUCGGACACCCACGUGGAAACGCUGAACAGCUCCCACCUCUCCCACCGCAAAGUGUUCAAGUGUGUCGGGAGCCAUGUUGUCAAGCAGGAGGAGCCUGCGUGCACUGUGGAGAUAAAAAUCCCUUCACUGGAAUCAGAACCCCCAAAGACCUGCUUUGUGGGUGACAAUGUGACCCUCACAUGCCGUGUGACUGAGAGCACCCCGGCAGCGAGGCUCACCUGGCUGCGGGGCAUCACCCAGCCAGAGGUGGAGAUCCAACCCGGAGGGAGGUACCUCAUCGCCCAGGAGGGCAAUGUGUCCCGGCUCACCAUCCAGAACUGCUCCCAGGGCACCGACGGGGGCUGUUAUGUCUGCAAGGCUCAGAACCCCGUGGGGCUGAGGGAGUUGUUCAUCUGCCUGACAGUGAAGCAGCCGGUGAACAUCGUUGGGGUCGUGGGUGCAGUGGUGGUCCUGUCCCUGCUGGCUAUUCUCACCGUCACCGGGGUUGUCUUGUACUACAAUCCCCUCCUGUGCCUGAGAGGUGCUGCAUUCAGCUGUGGCGCUGCGGCAUGGGAAGACUCUUUUCUGAGUGCCUUCGUUUCCCCAUCUGUACAGGAGGGGAGAGUAACUCCACUCCAGAGGGGCUCGUGCAGUUUAGUACAUGAAUAUUCGUGAAGUGGUUGGAGGACUUUGGAAGACGAAUGGGAAGCAGUGCAGAAUGCCGUUGGUGGUGGUGGUGCUGCCAGCAGGGUCUGAAACCAGCUGUUCUUUGAACACGG